UGUUCCCAUCUCACUGACAUACUACGUGUGUCAAAAUAGCCUAUUUAACUCUGGAGGAGUCUGAGUAGCUGCAUUUACAAACACAUAGUGGUCAAAAUGAGGCGUCGAUCAAUGCAAGUUGAUAUUUAACUGUUUGCUGAGCAAAUGCCAAUCUUUUACUCUCAGGAAUUCAGCCAUUCACAGUACAGUAGGUUCUCCUUUUUUGGACACGGCAGCAAGAUUUUUGUAGUUCAAAUAAAAGUGACGUAUAAAGGACAUGGACCUCUGCCUGACACUCCUGUUGAUUUGUCUCUGCAGCCAAGGAGCCACUAAAGCUGAGGUGACAGAAGAUCAGUCAACCCCUCUCGUCCCUUUGAUUCCCAGUCAACCCAUAGAAGAAGGAGAAAGUUCUACGUCAGAACCUUUAGCUUCCACAGAUGUAGCAACCAAAGAACUGGCAGCCAUACUUACCUCGAACAAAACGUCGCUAGACGUAAACGAAACCGGUGAUUGUCAGUCUGCCAGCCAGAGCCCCAAAUCCCAACAGGCCAUCGCCGCUGCUGUUCAGAACCUGGGUGUUCAGCUGCUACAAAACCUGGAGACCACACCAGAACACCCAAACAUCAUCAUAUCUCCUUUAAGCAUAUCUCUAGCCCUCUCUCAACUGGCUUUAGGUGCAAAAAAUGAGACUGAAGAGCUGCUGAUGCAUCACCUCCACGAGAACGCUGUUCCUUGUUACCAUCGGUCUCUGCGUGAUGUUUUAGCACAGCUUAAAAAGAGAGACCUGCAAAUUGCCACCCGCAUAUUUCUGCGUCAAGGGUUUGAAGCAAAGCACAAAUUUGUGAGUGAAUCUCAGCUAUUUUACGGCUCAGAACCAGCAGUCUUGGAGAGCCUUCAGCAGAUUAAUGAAUGGGUAGAGAACGCAACAAAUGGAAGGAUGACGGACUUCCUGUUUACUUUACCACCCAAUCUGCUCCUCAUGCUCAUCAAUGCUGUCCACUUUAAAGGAGAAUGGAAAGCUCGAUUCGACCCAAACUUUACCUCCAGAGGUGUGUUUUACCUGGAUGACUUGCACAUGGUGGAUGUUGAUGUGAUGGAAGAUGCCAAACAUCAGCUAAGCUGUUUUGCUGAUAAUGAACUUGAAGCCCAGGUUGCAAGGUUCCCAUUCACGAAGCUGAUGAGUUUGUUGGUGGUCAUGCCUGAGUCUGGACAAGUUAAUGUGUCUGCAUUGUGUGCAAAGCUAAAUAUCUCUGACUUAUACGAACGCCUGCCCAAAGAGACGGCCGUUCAGGUCAAAGUUCCAAAAUUCAAACUGGAGUAUUCUCAAGAGUUACAGGAGGUUCUUACCAAACUAGGCCUCGGGGAGAUGUUCCUGAAUCCUAACUUGGCUGAUAUUGCAGACGGCCCCCUGCUGGUGUCCAGUGUGAUGCACAAGUCAAGCAUGGAAAUAAAUGAGGAUGGUGCAGAAGCUGCUGCAGCCACCAACAUAGUUAUCUCACGGGCAGCAAUUCCAGUUUUCCACCUCACUAAGCCCUUCUUUUUUGUGCUUAUGGAUGACGUAACUCAAAUACCAAUCUUCAUGGGUGUCAUCAACAAUCCUAAUCCUGGAGCCCCUAUCCUGCAGAAAGGACAGUUUGGAAGCAAAGAUAAAAUGGGUUUCUCAUAUGACAAAGAUCACAUGAGCUCAUUUGGGGGUCCUAAAUAGGAAAUACAAAUCUGUCCAUUUCUUGAGAGAAAGCUAGGAGUUAGCAGUUGUACAGACUAGUCUGGAUCAAAAUAUGUGUGAAAAUAAAAACGUUUUGUUUGUUUCAUAAGGAAAUAAUUAUGCUUUAAAGCCCAAUAGUCAUUUUAAGAGGAAUAUUCAUUUUACAUGACUGUAUUGUAUAAGAUGUGAUGGUCAAGAAAUUAAACGAUAACAUUAAAUUCACAAAAAA